GAGCUUUGUUGCUAUCGGCGUUCUUGACCACUUGGAACUCUUUCAAGUUUCUUCUUUAUUUAUAAGGAAGUUGGGGGAAAGUUUAACCUGCAUAAAAGUGGAAUGAAAUGCCAUUUUAUUUUUUUACUAAUUGCCUCUAAAGGAACAGAUACAGAGCAAACAAGAUAGGACCCAGAAUGGAACCUUGAGGGACUCCGUCUGAAAAAGUGCGGACCCAGGAUGAAAUUGACGAGCCUGCUCUUUGUCUGCUUUCUAACUGAAUUGACGCAAGGAUUGGUGAGCGUCAGCAACGUUACAGCCGAGUGCAACGAGCCGCUGACGAUACACUGCAACGUGUCCGCGUGGACCGACGGCUUCUCCGUCAAACAUAUGGAGUGGUCCCAAAACGGCGAGUCUUUGUGUCACGUGGACGGCACGGGGGAAUUGAUCCACAGCAACGACACAAAAAACCACAUCCGAUGCGAAUAUAAUAAAGGUCGUCUGUCGCUCAUCUUUGCAAAAGUGCAGCCGGAGGAUAGCGGCGCGUCAAAUCGCUACAUGUGCAAACUGCGUUCCAAUCGAGGAGUUUCACACGGGUAUAGCCGGAUAGAGCUGCAAGAGUGCUGCGGGAUGGUCAAAGGCAUUUCGUCCAAGGACGGCCCAGUCUGCACGUUCAGCCACGUCUAUCCAGACGGAGACGUGUCGUGGUCUUCCCAAAGGCGACAGUCGGAAGGACCUGUAAGGCAAAGUACUUUUAAAAGCGUGGAAGAAGGCGGCUGGGUAACCAUUCGUAGUCAGCUGGAAGGGAAUUCCGACGGGGAUUUCAACUGUACUCUGAUGAGCAUGGAAUCUGGUAGACGGAUGGAAUGUAAUUUGUCUGAGGGUGCUGAAUUUCUGAACGGGUACGGACUGAAAGCUCAGGGGUUCGCACAGAAAGCUGGGAAUGCUGCUGGAUCUCGGGAACCUUUGGUGACAAUUCUGCUGAUAUCUAUCUUACUUGUCAUGCAAUUAUUUGCUUAAAUGAUUCAAGAAUAUUUGAGCGUGAUUAGACUCCAACCAUGGAAUACUUUUUUUCCGUCUACCAUCAGUCAUCUCCUUGUUUUUGUUGUCACACAGCCCCAAGAUUUUUUUAUUUUUUUAUUUUUCUAUUUUGAUUUGUUAGAUUUGGUUGAUUGGUUAUUUUGAUUCAUCCUGGUAGCUUGUUUGAGUUUGUUUUUUUGCUCAAAUAUUUUAUUUUUUGAGAUUCCUCCUUCUCCCCUGGUCUUGGCUUCCUGUUUCUUGUUUUUCCAUUAUGCCUUUGCUUAUGUUUUAACUUCGACCCAUUGACGCUUCUAAAUAAAAUGAAUUAUUAAUCUG